AUGUUAGAAUCCACCGUGAAACCAAACACGCAUACAUUUUCAUUUAUGAUUCACGAAUGCACGACUUCUUGUUUGUCUGUGUUGGGCAUUCAGAUUCACUGUCUGGUAAUCAAGUUUGGUUUCGAAAAGGAUGAGUUCUUGGGGAGUGCUCUUGUGGAUUUUUACUUGAAAGUUUGGAAUAAUAUGGACGAGGCAUUUCGUGUUUUUGAUGGGUUGUGGAGGAGGGAUCGGGUUACAUGGAAUGUUUUGAUCUCUGGGCUUGCUGACGUUAGCGAUGUUGGCGAGGUUUUGAGGUUGUUCCGCGAGAUGAGAGUGGCUGAUGAGUUGAGGCCCAAUGAUUAUACCUUAACAAGUUUGCUCAAGUGCUGUUCUUUGAUUAUUGAGGUGGACCAAAUUCAUGGGCUGGCUAUGAAGUAUGGUAUGGAAAGUGAUGUAGUGGUGGGGAGCGGUUUGGUGGAUAUGUAUGGAAAGUGUGGGAAGUUAGAUACGGGAAGAAAAGUGUUCGACUCGAUGGAGGUUAAAGAUAUAUUUAGUUGGAGUUCAAUAAUAGCUAGUUAUGUGAGGAAUGGCUCUCCAGAGCAAGCUGUUACAUUGUUCUUACAUAUGUGUAGGCAAGGUGUGAAACCUGAUCAACAUGUCUUGUCCAGUGUCUUGAGAGCUUGCGCAGAGGCCCGCAAUUUAGAAUCUGGAAUUCAAGUUCAUGCCCAGAUGAUAAAGAAUGCAUAUCAAGCUGACUGUUUUGUUGGAAGUGCACUGAUGUCUAUUUAUGCCAAUGCCGAAGAACUUGGCAGUGUGGAAAAGCUGUUCAGGAGGAUUGAGAAUAAAGACAUUGUGGCUUGGAAUUGCAUACUUAUGUGUUAUGCUCAAAAGGAAGAGCUAGCAACCUUUUACUCUAUCAGUCUUUUUCGAGAACUUUGUCAAACCAGUACGGUGAGACCUGAUAUGGCAACUCUAGUAGCUCUCAUAGCGUCGUGUCAGAGUGUUUUAGAUUUAGCAGUGGGUAUUCAAAUCCAUGGCCUGAUUAUGAAAAGACGAGUAGGUUGUGAAACUUCCAUAGGUAAUGCAGUAAUCAUCAUGUAUUCCAAUUGUGGGUCCAUUCUUGAUGCUUACAAGGCUUUUGAUGACAUUGUCAACAAAGAUGAAAUCUCAUGGAGUUCUAUAAUUGGAAGUCACUUGCAGAAUGGGUUUGAACUGGAAGCUGUGAAUCUCUGCAAAGAGAUGUUGGCAGAAGGAAUUUAUUUGACCAGCUUUAGCCUUCCAUUAUGCAUAGCUGCCUCUGCAAAGCUUGCAGCCAUUGAUUUGGGUAAACAAUUUCACUCAUUCUUUGUCAAGUUAGGUUUAGAAGGAGAUAUCUUUGUUGGGAGCUCCAUUGUUGAUAUGUAUGCUAAAUGUGGAAACGUGGAGGCCUCCCAAAAAGCUUUUAAAGAGCUACAAGAACCUAAUGUAGUGUCAUUUAAUACUAUGAUAUCUGGAUUCGCACGGCAAGGAAAUGCUGCCAAGGCAAUUGAACUAUAUGGAGAGAUGGAGAAGAUGGGCAUAGUCCCUAAUGGUGUCACCUUUUUAGCCCUUUUAUCAGGUUGCAGCCAUAUGGGUCUAGUAGAAAAUAGUUUAGCUUUUUUCAAUAUCAUGUGCCAAAAGUAUAAUAUUGAACCAGAACCUGAGCAUUUUGCCUGCUUGGUUGAUGUACUUGGCCGCGCUGGACGUCUAGAAGAAGCAUACUGCAUAAUAGAAAAUGACGGAAGUGUUUUGGCUUGGAAGACUUUGCUGAGUGCUUGCAGGAAUUACGAAAAUACAAAAUUGGCAGAAAAGUGUGCGACGAAGGUGAUGCAAUUUGAUCCCACGGACCAUUCUUCGUAUGUUCUGCUGUCCAAUCUAUACUCGAGGGAAGGAAAAUGGGAAGAAGCUUCCAAGCUGAGGCAAAAAUUGGUGAAUGUUGGAGGAAAGAAGAAUCUGGGAAGCAGCUGGUUAAUCAAGGAUAGUGCAGUACGAGAAAAUGGUGAAACAGGAGAAAAUGGCUUGAAUUGUAAGUUUAUUAUCCAGAGUCGUUCAUUAGCGCAGUCACCUUAA